ACCAUAACGUAAAGGGGAGAGCAUCUACCGUUUUCAGCAUCCAAGCUUGUGUCGUCGAUCUCUGCGAAGCCCUCUGAAACAAUGAGGUUCUCAACACUCCAGGCCGCCUUCGGCUCGGCCUCGAUUCUGCUCUCCGCCCAGCCCGUCUCUGCGAAUCUUGGCCACCGGCACGCGCACGCUCACUAUUCAAAGAGGCAUGGCCACGCCCAUCAGGCAGAGGAGGCUGCCAGCGCGCCCAUCGUCGCGAGGAAAGCGAAGUGCACCUUGCCCGACCACCCUGACCUGGUGUACGUGCCCGGGAAAGUAAACAACGGCUUCGCCAUGAGCCCCGAUCAGCCGUGCGAGGACGGUACUUGGUGUCCAAUUGCCUGUGUGCCGGGCAAAGUGAUGGCGCAGUGGAAGCCUCACACGCGCUACAUCCCUGGGGACUCGAUGUACGGCGGGCUGUACUGCAACGGUGGGACGCCGGAAAAACCGUUCGACUCAAAACCGUACUGCGUGGAUGGCACAGGCGCGGUUAAGGCCGUGAACAAGGCUGGAAGUGUCGUAUCGUUUUGCCAGACCGUCCUUCCGGGUAACGAGGCCAUGAUCAUCCCGACCGAUGUCACAGACUCCGUAACACUCGCUGUACCCGGGGCUGAUUACUGGGCUGGAACUUCGGCACACUAUUAUAUCAACGCGCCUGGGAUCGACUCCUCCAAGGGCUGUGUAUGGGGAACGAUCGACCAGCCGAUUGGGAAUUGGAGUCCUUUUGUCGCGGGGGCCAACACCAUGGCGAGCGGCGAAACAUUUGUGAAGAUUGCGUGGAAUCCCGAAUACUUGAAGACGCCGCUGAAGAACACCCUCCCGACGUAUGGUCUCAAGAUCGAAUGCCCAGACGGAGGCUGCAACGGGGUACCGUGCUCCAUCGAUCCGUCCAAGGAUGGGCUGAACGGCGUGUCGAGCCCGGUUGCGACGGACGGGGUUGAAGGCUCCGGCUUCUGCGUUGUCACUGUUCCCAAGGGGCGUACUGCCAACAUUGUGGUCUUCAACACGGACGGCUCCUCGGGCGCCCCGGCUUCUUCGUCCAAGUCAAAGGAGCCGCCCAAGACCACGAGCGUUGCGAAGCCCACAACCACUAGCACCCCAUCGACUAGCUCUGCUCCUCCUUCGACCUCGAGCUCGACCUCGACCUCGUCGUCGUCGUCAUCGUCGUCGUCCUCCACGACGCCGUCCUCGUCAUCUGCCAAAUCCACCACCAAAUCCGCGUCGCGGUCGUCAACCACGUCAGAUAUCUUUGUCGGAGGUAUCUUCCAAGAACAGUCGGCGUCCGGUGAGACGUCAAUCUACUCAGCUCCCAGAUCUACGGCCCAACCGGUUGCGAGCACGACCGCGGAUGCCGCGGGUCCCAGCUCGGCCACGCCGAGUAAGAAUGAGGGAAUCGCCGCCGAGGGUGACUCUGCCAUGGCCGGCCUUGUCGUGGCUCUGGUUGCUGCCGCCGCCCUGUUCUAAGCGGCUGUUCCUCUGGCCAUUCUUCCGCCAGCACUUUUGGCGCUUCGUUCGUUCUAUCGUUCGAUCUCGGCUUGUACGUUGUUAAUCUCGUCGACAG